AAAUUCGAAUCGUAAUCUACAAUGGAUUUAGAGGAAGCUAUAACCAUUAAUCGGAUAAGUACACAGAAUGGACCAAUUUACUUAUUAAUCGGAUGGCAAGCAAAAUCCUUUGAAACCUAUAUUUACCAUGAAGAAAAUGUUUGGAAAGGAAAGUUUUCAUCCAACCGUUUAUCAGGCUUCAGUAAAAAUUUACAAAUGACUGAAUCCGCCUAUUUUGCUAAAGUCAAGAAUUGUCUAUCACACCAAAGAGAAGAUUACCUUUACGAGCUGAAAAGUGGUUUCUUCUACUGGAAACGAAUAUUAAAAAGCUCAGUUAUUAUUGAAGGUUUCUUGCCUGUUGAACUCGAAGUAUCUCCUAGUAUUUCUCGACCUGAUCUAAUAGAAGUGUUACUAGCAUUAAAUAGGCAUUUGCAUGAAAAAUUAGGUAUUUAUAAAUCAAAAAUUAAAAAUAUAAAAACAGAAUACACAAAGUGCUUGAAAGAUACACAAGAGUUUUUACACUUAAAAAAUGGUAUGGAAAAGGCACUAUGUGAUAAAUUUUUAAAUUUACUGAAUAUGAAGAAAAAUGAUAUUCAAAUGUUGACUGCUUAUAACAGUUGUUCGAGUGUUAGGAAAAAAAGCCCAACGAUAUGCAGUACAAAUUUGAAAUGAAAUAAAGUUUAAUAAUAUGUGAUAUGAAGACGUAAAUGUGUUCGAAA